CAAAAAGAAAAAUGAGUGCCCACACCGAAGAGGUUACAUCAAAUGCUCUGAAGAACGUGAGAUCUACUGUGACCGGCAAAAAUUGAUUGGAUACCAGCCCUUUUCUGGCUGCGCGACCUUUUCAGAAGUCUUUGUCUGUGACCAGGCACUUCUUGAUUAAGCUUUUGGAUGACAUCUCUCUCUCUGCCUUUCUGGGCUUCAUUUUUCCUGUAGUUCCGGUACGAGAAAAUAACGAAAUGCUAAGUGCACAAAGUGGAGAACGAAAAAAAAUUUAAGAUUAAGAUACAUUUAGAUUUCAAGAAGAACGCAUUGGGUUGCUCACUCGUCGAAGCGUUUCUUUGAUUUCCACCUAUGUUGAUUGCUGCGUUGUACAAGAAAGAAGCAUCUUCAACACGACGAUGCAAGAAGAUACAGUAGUAAUGCGGAGGUACGUAUCUAUAAUAACUCGCGUUCCCACUUCCACGGCAUGAAGCGACAAGUCUUGCGAUGUUGAGGACGACGUAAAGCUGGAGCUGCGACUGGUGCCACGCGAAGAAGGGGAAGACCAGGUGCAACUACUCGAAGACACAACAACAGCAGCACUACUCGCAGUCGCACGCUACGACGCUCCGAAAAUGGAGGAGUCUUCACUUGAAAAAAAGCUUCAGCCCGAAGAGGAACGCCAAGAUCAACAGCUAGUACAAAAUGCUGAAAAUAAACACGACGACGAAGAAGAUUUGGACGACAGCGUAGAUUUGUCCUCCUUGCACUCCCUAGACGAUGGCGAGCUGGUCGACGAGCUCUUGCGGGGCGAGGAGCAAGAUGUUGCUACCACUGCGCACCUCUACCCGCCGGGAACAACUACCGGUGAGGAGGAGGAGGAGGCGGAUGAUUCCACUCCGGGAAGCCACGACUCCGUCGAGUUCACCGGGGAAGAAAUCGCCGCGCUGUUCCGGGACGCCGUGGAUGUGGCGUCCGGGAGUCGUAUGCAUUGCAAAACUAUCGUACUACUGAAGUAUAAAUCGCAUGACAAACUUUUUGGAAAGGAAAAUAAAUGAAAAUUAUCGUGCUGAUUCAGGAUCAGGUACUUAAGAAAAGAACUAGGUCUGUGAUGCAAGGCUGGCAAUUAUAAUACGAGUGCGAUACUUUUGCAGUGGAUGAGUGCUGUUGGCGAUCACGACGGAAAGCAGUUGCAGAAGGAGCUCCAGGUGGAGCAGGAAAUCCUUCAGCGAGCCAUCUUUCAGCACGAGAAUCUUACAGGAAGUGCUGAAACAAGACAGCGCUUGGAGGUGCCGUCUGCGUCAAGUACGGUGCCGUCGACGCCGGACAGUGGUGACAACCAGCCGGCUUCUCAUCAACGCGCCGGCGCGACGAUAAGUGCAGAAGCGGGAACAACGAAUGAGCAGCGUCAAGUUGUAGAUCAGAAGAUGAGCAGCGACGAUGUUGGCCAAACCUCCACAGCAAACGCGACCCUCCGCUACCGCGGUGCGAACAUGAAGAAGAACCGGGGCGGAAAUUACAGGGGGCACACGACUUCUAGCAGUGACGAAAAAGAUAGGACCAUGAACGGUGAGAAAGCUGAGAUCAUGUUGGAAUCUGAGAAGAAUCUCCUGUACGAAGCGCUUGCAGCGGACGGUACUGCUACUGGUGAACCGGCUGCAGCUGUAGGCGGUACCACGUCAGGACCACAUCUGGUCCAGCCGUCGUCUCGUUUCGGGUCCUCAAGCCCACCUUCCUCGGACCUGUGGAGUUCCAGUUCAUCCUCGAACGCAGCCCCUACGUCAAGCAGCAACGUAGGCAGCACAAUGAGCACAGGAGUCGAUGGUGGUCUUACAAGCACUUGCACUGUGUCUACAACGAGCGCUACACCCCUGUCCAGCCCAGGAACCGGGCCCACAGCAGCGUCACCGUCGUCUUCGUCCCGCAGACAACAGUUGCUCGCCAAAUUUUUCGCCCGCCUGCCGGUCGAUGAGCUGCAGCAGAUUCGAGCGCAGUUCAGCGCAGCCGAAACUCCCGGCGACAAGGUUCGGGUAUUGCGGGAAAUGGUUGCGCUGCGGCUGCUUUCGACGACCACGAUGAAAACCGGGAAGAAGCUAAAGGGCGCUUGCAAAAAGCGACAGAACAACUUUAGCAGUGACGCUGGUGCAGCAACUGGACCACAGCAAACGGAAGAAGAGCUGCAACGGAAGAUUCUGCUGACGAAACGGCGGAGAAAAAGGGACAUGAUCAAAAAGCUGCUCCUCAAGUACAGUGGCGACCUGGAGUUGGUGAAGCAAGUUCUGGAAAAGCGCGAGGAUCCGUCGUACAUCAAGCUGUGGGACAAACUUUCCUUCACGGGGGGCAUCAUGAAUUUGAUCCUGGUUUGCUACUUCAUUUUCGGCCCGCACAAGUUCCUUCUCACGCCGUACUUGUACACCCUCCAGCUGUGCGUCCUGAUCCCCUGGCGGUUCUGGAAGUACAAGCGGUUGAAGUGGGUCUACUUUUUACUCGACUUUUGCUACUUCGGGAAUCUCUUGCUAUUGCUGUACCUCUGGGUGCUGCCUUGGUCCAAGCUGCUCUUCUGCGUUGUGUUCUCCGCCUCCUGCGGACCCAUGCUGCUGGCCUCCACACUGUUUCGCAACUCCUUGGUGUUCCACUCCUGGGAACACUGCACAAGCGUACGAAAGAUUUUUAUUAUAUUUUCCUUCUGAAAAAUACUUUGUUAAUUGUUUGUUAUUGUUUUUGACGGUUGUACGUUGUAAAAUUUUUUUUCUCGGAGACCCGCUGUAGUGGCGCAGAGCGGGUCUACUUGUAAUUUUGUGCAGCACGGCCGCGUUUGGUGUUUCUAGAGUAGUUCAGCAACGCAAAAGAAAUUUUCUCACUAUCUCAUGAUAUUGAUCUCCUCAGGUUUUCAUUCACGUGGUCCCUUUUCUCUGUUGCUACGUGAUUCGGCACGAGAGCGCCAGCAUUUCGGAGGUGAGUUUGUUUCGCAAAAGGGCGCUAAGCUUCGCGCAGUACGACCCGGAGGAGGUCGGGUGGGUUGAGCUUUGGGUCGUGCCGCUGCUGUUCUACGCGUUGCAGCAGGUGUUUUCCUACUUCAGCAGCAACUACAUCUGGCCCAUCCCCGAGGACCCGGAGUACCUGAAUCUGUACCGCUGGGUCGUCGGCACGCAGACGGGUCAGAGCAUCCUGCGGAAGAUCACGGUGAACACGAAGUGGCACGAGUUUUGGUACUUUUUUCUCAAUUUUCUCGUCGCGGCCGUCUCCAUGCUGCCCUGCGUCUUCUGGUACCGCUCCCAGUACCUGAUGGUUGUCCUCGGCUGCGUCUGCAUCACGGUCAACAUCUGGAACGGGGCGAGUUUCUACGUCGAAGUCUUCUCCCGGAAGUACCAAACCUUUCUGAAGCAGAAGGAAGAGCUGAAGCAACUCCGGGAGGAAAAGAAACUAGCCGGAAGAGGUGGAGUUGGUGUUGGAGUAGGAGUGGGAGGGGGUGCAACUGCGAUGCUGCAGCAAACCAUCAGUCGCACGGUGUCCGGUGGAACGCCAAGCCGUACCACCAGUGGAGAUCGGACGCUCGUCGUUGGGGGUGUUGCUGGAUCUAGUGCUUCUCCAGGAGGUGCGGCGAUCAUGUCCUAG